CCGGGCCCAACGGCAUUCCCUUCUCCUCGCCGGCGGCCCGCAGCUGAUAACUGUGGCACCAAAGUUUGAUAUACUAAUAUGCCGCAAAACUCAAAUGCUUAUGUCAUUGCUUGUGGCGUCAUCGGUUUGAAUUGAUUAACCAAAGGCCAUGUUUGUUUCAGCUAUUAAUGGUGGAUUAUAAACUAAUUUUACAAUCCCCAGGUGAGGUGAAGACAGACACCCAGUGUAUGAUGUCACAGUCUAGUUUUCCAGGAUAUCCAUGAUCUAUAGCCGCUUUACUUUCAUUCAACCAGCAGGGCCUAAUAAGUUCACUCUCUUGCGGAAUGAUUAUCCAGGAUAUCCAUGAUCUAUAACCCCGUGACUUUUACCUGGUCGAUCCAUGUCUGAGCAGCAGUGCAGUGCAGCACGCAUGGUGUGCUGAAAUGUUGAAGCGAGCUGUCAAAGACUUGAUCAAUUGACGGGACGAGAUGACGAAUAAAUGAAGCCUCUGGGAAAGGUUAAGUAUCUUGGAAUUGAAUUAGCGCUUGUAUUGCUUGACUGACAAAAACGGACUGGGAAGAAACCUCCGUGUAAUGCCAAAGUCCAGUCAACUGGACGAUUUGUCAGCAUCUCCCUCCCUUGACAUCCAUGCAUCUUGCCUGCUCCCUCCUCCAUUUAUCAUAUAUAUGUAGAGCCUCCAUAUCUAGGAUUAUGCUCUGUUUGGAGUCUGCAUCAACAGGUCGUUACACACGUUGAUCCUAUCUAUUCCGCCGAUCCAAAUCCAAUGGGGAACUGCUGCUGCACGGGAUCUGCAAAGUGUGCCAAUGCCUCCACUCCAUUUGAAUCAAAGGUCACAAGGAGCACCACGUCCAGCAAUUCGGGGUCGGCAGCCUCGGUCACCGCCAAGCUUGCGUCGCGCCGCAGCGGCGGCAGCUCCUCCGCCUUCUCCGGCUCCGACGUGGCGGCGAGCGCCGGGCUCAAGUCCUUCAGCAUGAACGACCUCCGCGCGGCGACCAAGAACUUCGGCUCCAACUCGUACCUAGGCGAGGGCGGCUUCGGGUGCGUGUACAAGGGGUGGAUGGACGAGGCGACGCUGGCCCCGACCAAGCCUGGCGUCGGCCGGAUGGUGGCCAUCAAGAAGCUCAAGAAGGAGAGCUUCCAGGGCCACAGGGAGUGGCUGGCCGAGGUCACCUACCUGGGCGAGCUCCACCACGAGAACCUGGUCAAGCUGGUGGGCUACUGCUCCGACCCGGACAACAACAAGCUGCUGGUGUACGAGUACAUGCUGCGGGGCAGCCUGGAGAACCACCUCUUCCGGCGGGGCACGCAGCCGCUGUCGUGGCCGAUGCGCGUGUCCAUCGCCGUGGACGUCGCGCGCGGCAUGUCCUUCCUGCACGCCCAGGACAACCCCGUCAUCUUCCGCGACCUCAAGUCCUCCAACGUCCUCCUCGACUCCGAUUUCCGGGCCAAGCUGUCGGAUUUCGGGCUCGCCAGGGACGGGCCGACGGGGGACAAGAGCCACGUCUCGACGCGCGUCGUCGGCACCCGCGGCUACGCGGCGCCGGAGUACAUCGCCACGGGGCACCUGUCGGUGAAGAGCGACAUUUACAGCUUCGGCGUCGUGCUGCUGGAGCUGCUGACGGGGCGGCGCGCCAUGGACGAGGCGCGCGGGUCGACGGCGGCGGUGACGCUGGUGGACUGGGCGAAGCCGCAGCUCGGGGAGCGCCGGAAGGUGAUCCGGAUCAUGGACACCAGGCUCGCCGGGCAGUACCCCAAGAAGCAGGCGCAGGAGGUGGCGGCGCUCGCGCUGCGGUGCCUCGAGGACGACCCAAAGAACCGCCCCGGCAUGGCCGACGGCGUCCUGCCGGAGCUCGAGCGGCUGCAGCAGCAGAACCACCACAAGACUCCCUACACCGGUACCUCGUUGAGGUCGGACACGUCGACGCCGCCGGUGCACAGAUCAGGCCGCCACUCCAAGCCCAAGAGCUAGCUAGAUUUUGCUGUACUUGCUAGAGAGACUUUUUAUUUCUUCUAUUUUUUAUUUGGUACAGACACCUUGAUACCAGCUAGACAUUGAGCAUAGGUGAUAUAGAUCGUAUGUACUAGGGAUCAUGAUUUUUUUUUCAGUUCAGAUUUGUGUGUGAAUGGACCAUUGGUUCUUUAGUUUUCUGUAUUGUACCCCCAGCGAUGACUGCUUGCU